UUGACCCCCCCUACCCAUCCAUGAAAAAAUUGUCUUCCAUGAAACCGGCCCCUGGUGCCAAAAGGGUUGGGCACUGCUAACAUACACAACAUGAGUAACAUUUUAUAUUUAUAUUAUAGGAGGCACAGUAAGAUUUAUUCAUUUAUCUAAUAUUUUUGAGCACCUACAAUGGUUUUGGUAUUGUUCUAGCGCUAGAAUACACCAGUGAACCAAACAAAUCUUAGCUCCCUUGGAUAUUACAGUCUUGUUUGGGAAGACAAACAAUAAACAAACCAAAAAGUAUAUAACACAUUCAGUGGUGAUAAAUGCUAAGAAGAAAAAUAAAUCAGGAUAAGGCAAAAAGGAGUGACUGGAAGAGGGGUUCUCUUUAGAUAGAAUUUUCAGGGAAGACCCUCUGAUGUAGUGACAACUGAGCACAGACAGGAAUAAAGAAAGGGAGUGAGCCAUGCUGAUAUGCGGAAGAAGAGGCUUCCAGGCACAAGGAAAAGCAAAGGCAAAAGCCUUGAAGGAGGCGUGUACACAGUGUUUGAGGAACAGUAAGGAGACCUGUUACCUGGAGUGGGGUGAGCAAGGGAGAGAAGGGUAGAAAAUGAGGUCGAAAGGGCAGCCAACUGCCAUGUUGGCCAUGGGAUAAACUUAGAUUUUGCUGAGUUUAGGUGAUGUGUCCUUAAUGUAGCUCAAGACUUCUGGGGUUAAGUUCAGCAUUAGCCUUUUUCUCAGAUCUUGGAAAACACGAGGCUGGCUCAUGUAAGGAGAUGGGGACCAUGCAGGGGCAAUAGUUCUUUGUGAAUCUUGGACCAACAACACAGGGCUGGGAUGUCAUUUUUUUCUUCCUUAACUCUCUCUUGUCGGGACUUUGUUCUUUUUCAAAAGAGAAAACUGAAGAAGGAAGGAAGAAUGGCUGUUGGACUUUGUAAAACCAUGUCUCAGGGGUUGGUGACCUUCAGAGAUGUGGCUCUAAACUUCUCCCAAGAAGAGUGGGAAUGGCUGGACACAUCUCAGAAGGAUUUAUACAGAGAUGUCAUGUUGGAGAACUAUAGGAACUUGGUAUGGCUUGGACUCUCCAUUUCUAAGCCCAACAUGAUCUCCUUACUGGAGCAAGGAAAGGAUCCUUGGAUGGUGGAGGCAGAAAUGUCACACAGUCAAUGUGCAGACUGGGAAUCUUGGUGUGAAAUCAAGGAAUUAUCUCCAAAAUGGUUCACUGAUGAAGAAGAAAUAUCCCAGCGGAUGGUAAUUGAAAGAAUGACAAGUCAUGGACUUGAAUGCUCCAGUUUCAGAGAAGCCUGGAAAUAUGAGGAUGAAUUUGAAUGGCAUCAUGGAAAUCAAGAGAGGCAUUUCAGGCAAGUAACAACUGUUAAGGAAAUCUCUAUUGGGAAAAGAGACAAUGAAUAUAAUAAUUCUGGGAGAAGUAUCCCCCUGAAGUCAGUACUUUUAACACAACAGAAAGUUCCCACUAUAGAAAAAGUACAUAAAUUUGAUAUUUAUGAUAAACUUUUCUCCCAAAAUUCAGUCAUAAUUGAAUAUAAAAGACUCCAUACUGAGAAGGAGUCUUUCAUAGGUAAUGAAUGUGAUGAAUUCAACCAGAGUACACACUUUAUUAAAGAUAUAGGAGAUCCUUCUGGUGAAAAGCCUUAUGAAAGUAAUGAUUUUUCAAAUCUCUUAAGCUUCCACUCAUUACUUACUCAACAUCAGACCACUCAUUUUGGAAAGUUACCUCAUGGAUAUGAUGAAUGUGGUAAUGCCUUUAGCUGUUGCUCAUUCUUUACCCAACCUCAGAGAAUUCACAGUGGAGAGAAACCAUAUGCAUGCAAUGACUGUGGGAAAGCCUUUAGCCAUGACUUCUUUCUCAGCAAACAUCAGCAAACUCAUAUUGGAGAGAAACCAUAUGAGUGUAAGGAAUGUAACAAAACCUUCAGGCAGAGUGCACACCUUGCUCAACAUCAGAGGAUCCACACUGGAGAGAAACCGUUUGCAUGCAAUGAAUGUGGGAAGGCCUUUAGCCGUUUUGCCUUUCUUGUUGAACAUCAGAGAAUUCACACAGGGGAGAAACCAUAUGAAUGUAAGGAAUGUAACAAAGCCUUCAGACAGAGUGCACAUCUUAAUCAACAUCAGAGGAUUCACACUGGAGAGAAACCCUACGAAUGUAAUCAAUGUGGAAAAGCCUUCAGCAGACGCAUAGCCCUUACUCUUCAUCAAAGAAUUCACACAGGAGAGAAACCCUUCAAAUGUAGUGAAUGUGGGAAGACCUUUGGCUAUCGCUCACACCUAAAUCAACAUCAGAGAAUCCAUACUGGAGAAAAGCCCUAUGAGUGCAUCAAAUGUGGAAAGUUUUUUAGGACUGAUUCACAACUUAAUCGACACCAUAGAAUUCAUACUGGAGAGAGACCAUUUGAAUGCAGUAAAUGUGGGAAAGCCUUUGGUGAUGCUUUAGUUCUAAUUCACCAUAAGAGAAGUCAUGCAGGAGAGAAACCCUUUGAAUGUAACAAAUGUGGGAAAGCCUUCAGUUGUGGCUCAUACCUGAAUCAACAUCAGAGAAUCCAUACUGGAGAGAAACCCUAUGAAUGUAAUGAAUGUGGGAAGGCUUUCCAUCAGAUCUUGUCCCUUAGGCUACACCAGAGAAUUCAUGCUGGAGAAAAACCUUAUAAAUGUAAUGAAUGUGGGAAUAAUUUUAGCUGUGCCUCAGCCCUUAGACGACAUCAGAGAAUUCAUAAUAGAGAAACCCUCUGAUUACAACAAGUAUAGGAAAGAAAACAUUUAGUCACUGAAACCUUAUUGAAUCUCUGUAAGUUAUUUUUGGUUAGUAAUUCUAUGAAUGUAAUAUGGAAAAGCCUUUAGUUUAUGAGCAUCCAUUAUUUGAAAUAUCCUGAGUAGUGGACAUCUGUUACUUUAUGAUCUGUUCUAUACCUGACUUACCCCACCUUCAAUGGAUAUGAUUCUGAUAAAACUGUUAAUGAGGGACAGCAAUAGAUUGGUUACAGACUGGCCAAUUAUUUUCCCCAAUCUAGUGAUUAAGAAAGGAUUGGCAAAUGGCCCUGUCUGACUGGAUCAAUGAGAGCCCUUUGUUGGUAUUAUUGUGGGUAGUAAGAGAGAUCAUCUUUUUUUUCUUAAUUGUAAGUUUCAAGGAUUUAGUAAGAUUAAAAACUAACCAGUAGCCUUUGUGACAACCCAUGAGGAAAGCCUUCCCAAAGAGAAAUCUAACACAGAGGAAAAUGGAGAUGAGAGACAGAAAUCUGAUUACGUUGUUUGAUCUCCUGGAUCCAAUCAUGCCUGAUGUCUACACCAUCCUUUACUUUUUUAUUUUUGUGAUCCAAUAAAUUUCCUUUUUUGUUGCUUAA